CUCGCCUUCAUCCGCCGCCAUUUUAGGAGCGAGAGGCGAGCGCGGCGUCGUCGUCUGAGGAGAAAGAAAGAAGGAAGGAAGGAAGGAAGGCAGGCUCCCUCCCUCGCUCGGAGCCCAGAGGCCGAGGAAGGAAGAAGGGAAAUGAGGAUUCUGUGGAGCCACGUCUUGGGUGUCGUAAGGAAAGAAAUACAUGAAGAAGAAAUCCUCUCAAAGUGUUGACCAGGGAAAUGAGGAUUCUAAGAAGAAGAAAUCCUCCCAAGGUGAAGAUCUUGCUGAAUUCCUGAUCUCACUUACAGAUAAGAAAGGAAAAAAGAAGAGUCAAGUAUCUGUAUUCUAAUGAAACACCUCUAUCACAGUGGACGUGAAGGAGAAAGCAUCUAAAUACCUGGAGUGUGGAAAGAGUGAGUUACACUCAGAGUUAUGGUCUGCAGCGACAUGAAAGGACACGUACUGCGGAGAAGCCCUAUGAAUUCCUGGAGUGUGGAAAGAGCUUUGCGCAGAGUGUAGAUCUAUGUUCACAUCAGAAGACUCAUACUGCGGAGAAACCUUAUACACGCAUGGAGUGUGGAAAGGGCUUUAGUUGCAGUUCAAAACUAUGUUUGCAUCAGAAAAAACACACUGGAGAGAAACCCUAUAAAUGCCAGGAGUGUGGAAAGAGCUUUGCGCAUACUUCAAAUCUACGUUUGCAUCAAAGGACUCACACUGGUGAGAAACCAUAUACUUGCCUGGAGUGUGGAAAGAGCUUCACUUAUAGUGGAAGUCUAUGUAAACAUCAAAGGACUCACACUGGUGAGAAACCCUAUUUAUGCCUGGAGUGUGGAAAGAGCUUCACUGAGAAUGGAAGUCUACGUUCACAUCAAAGGACUCACACUGGUGAGAAACCCUAUACAUGCCUUGAGUGUGGACAGAGCUUCACUGCUAGUGGAAAACUACGUUCACAUCAGCGGACUCAUACUGGGGAGAAAACCUAUACAUGCCUGGAGUGUGGACAGUGCUUCACUGAGAAUGGAAGUCUACGUAAACAUCAAAGGAUUCACACUGGGGAGAAACCCUAUACAUGCCUGGAGUGUGGAAAAAGCUUUGCUCGGAGAGGAAAUCUAGAUUCCCAUCAAAGGACUCACACCGGGGAGAAACCCUAUACAUGCCUGGAGUGUGGACAGAGCUUCACUGAGAGUGGAUCUCUACGUAAACAUAAAAGGACUCACACUGGGGAGAAACCUUACUCAUGCCUGGAGUGUGGAAAGUGCUUCACUCAGAGAGGGAAUCUAGAUGCACAUCAAAGGACUCACACCGGGGAGAAACCCUAUACAUGCCUGGAGUGUGGACAGAGCUUCACUGAGAGUGGAAGUCUACGUAAACAUCAAAGGACUCACACCGGGGAGAAACCCUAUUCAUGCCUCGAGUGCGGAAAGAGCUUUGCUCAGAGAGUGAGUCUGGAUUCACAUCAAAGGACUCACACUGGGGAGAAACCCUAUUCAUGCCUGGAGUGUGGAAAGAGUUUCACUGAGAGUGGAAGUCUGCGUUUACAUGAAAGGAAUCACACUGGUGAGAAACCCUUUAAAUGCCUGGAGUGUGGACAGAGCUUCACUGCUAGUGGAAAGCUACGUUUACAUCAGUGGACUCACACUGGGGAGAAACCUUAUACAUGCCUUGAGUGUGGACAGAGCUUCACUGAGAGUGGAAGUCUACGUAAACAUCAGCGGACUCACACUGGGGAGAAACCCUAUACAUGCCUGGAGUGUGGAAAGGGCUUCACUCAGCGAGAACAUCUAGAUUCACAUCAAAGGAUUCACACCGGGGAGAAACCCUAUACAUGCCUGGAGUGUGGACAGAGCUUUGCUCGGAGUGGAAAUCUAAAUGCACAUCAGCGGACUCACACUGGGGAAAAACCCUAUACAUGCCAAGAGUGUGGAAAGAACUUCACUGCGAGUGGAAGUCUACGUAAACAUCAAAGGAUUCACACAGGGGAGAAACCCUAUUCAUGCCUGGAGUGUGGAAAGAGCUUCACUUAUAGUGGAAGUCUAAAUUUACAUCAAAGGACUCACACUGGUGAGAAACCCUUUAAAUGUCUGGAGUGUGGACAGAGCUUCACUGCUAGUGGAAAACUUCGUUCACAUCAGCGGACACACACUGGGGAGAAACCCUAUACAUGCCUGGAGUGUGGACAGAGCUUCACUGAGACUGGAAGUCUACGAAAACAUCAAAGGACUCAUACUGGGGAGUAACCCUAUAGAUAUCAGGUGUGUGGACAGAGCUUUUCUGAGAGUUGAAGUCCAUGUUCACCUCAUAAGACUCACGUGGGAAAAAAGCUUAUGAAUGCUUUGAAUGGAGACAGAGCUUCACUCAGAAGGGAUUUCUACAUUCACAUCAUAGGCCCCACACUGGGGAGAAACGGUCUAAGUGCCUGGAGUGUGGACAGAGUUUCACUGAGUUUGGAAGUCUACGCUGUCAUCAAAGAACUCACUUGGGAAAACUGCCAUAAAUACCUAGAUUGUGUACAGAGCUUCAGUCGUGCACAUCUACGUUCACAUCAAAGGACUCACCAGGGAGAAACCUUAUAAAUGCAUGUUGUGUGAAUAGCACCUCUGAGAGUUGAAAUCUACAGACACAUAGAAUUGAGUGGUGCUUGACCCCAUAAGGUUCUCUAAAACAGAGCUUUUCAAAAUUUUCAUGUUGGUGAUGCACUCUUUAUCAGUAAAAUGACAUUUUUAUAUCUCGGUGCUUCUAUAAUACUGGCAGGAGAUUUUGAUGCCAGCAUUGGUCCAAAUGAUGAUGCUCUUUAUGGCCAUUUCAGUGAGCAUGCUUCUGAACUAGCGGCUGCCCACCCCGUUCCUGAUAUGCAGUCUAAAGGUCUUCUCUGCAGUUAUUGUGGGCUUUGUCUUCUACGAAUGAUCAAUAGCCUAGAUAUAGUACUAUUGAAUGUUGGCAUGAAUGAGGACCUGGAGAAUAUACUUUUUGAUAGGCCGUAGAGCUUCAACUAUUGAUUAUUAUUUCUUAUGAGUUGUUAAAUAUGGUUUAUAGAGUUCAAGUGGGUACACGUACAGAGUGACCACCUCCCAUUAAUUGUAUCCCUAUCCUUUCAGAGUCAGGAUGUCCAUGCAGAUGAUGAACGAUUGUUGUUGUCGGAAGCAUAGAUUGUUGAGUGUGAUGGUCAGCUAAUGAAGAUGCUGCAAAUUAGAAUGCGGCUGCUUUUAGAACUAAACCUUGCUUUGACCAGGGAUGCCUGGACUAGUCCGUAUGCUGUAAGCAAGUCUGAGCCUUGGAAUACGCAGGACAUACUCCACAAGCCUCCAGAACGGCCCCCUUUCUCCACCCCAGAAAUCAAUACUCUGAUUUCUAAACCCAAGGUGGGUAAAUCACCCGGGGGUGGCAGUUUCCCUCCUGAGAUGCCGAUAGAAAAUGAGAAUGGGUGGGCCCCAGUCCUGGCCACAUUAUUCACGUGCAUAGAUCAGUUUGCAUGUAGACGAGAAGAUUGGGAACUGCCUAUCAUCAUUCCAGUCUACAAGGAAGGGAGAAGAUGAGGCCCUGAAAACUAGAGAGCAAUUAGCUCUCCAAGUGUAAUCAGCACGCUGUACGCUCAUCAUCUUGGAAAAACUCCCAUCUGAAUGGAAGAGGAAAACCUGGAAGACAAUAUACAGCCCGUUAUACAGCAGCCUUAAUUGAUUUUCAGUCUGCCUUUGAUAGAAUUCCUCCAGAUGAGGUUGAGGCCGAAAUUGGAGAUAACCAAUAUUGACAGGCGCCUGUUGAUGUUAAUUCAUAGCCUUUAUGUGGAAACAUGUUUGAAAGUGAGAUGGAAGAGGGUGGGCCACUUGACCAAGGUCAUAUGAUGGCUCAUCACAACACAUGCAGGUUUAAGUCCAAGUGGUGUGCUGGCACCUUCUUUGCUUUUAGUAUUUACAUAUGUUCUUUACCUUAAUUCUUUGGCCAGGAGUCUCUCUGGCUCAACUUUACGUCCUCCUAACCUGGCAGAUAGACCUCUGUCAACCCUCCUUCAUGCAGAUGAUGUGGUGCUUCUCCCUUUAACUUGCAUUGGCUCGCGGUGGUUAUUGAAUGCUCGGGGUGGGCAUUGCAAAACUGAAAAGCCAGUACUUAAUUACAAUAAGUCCAAAGUUCUAGUUUUUACUAGGAGACAAAGUCUACAUAAGUGGCAAAUAAAUGAGCAUCCACUUGAGCAGCAGAAAUCUUAGAAAUCUGUAAAUCUGACUCUACUAAUGCCAUUGCAAAUGCUCGGAGAAGAAUCAAGUCACUUGCAUCCUUUUUUGUUAAAGGAGGACAACAUGUAUUACUGUAUAUGCAUGUAUGUGACUAAGUUUCUGUGGGAUCACUACUUGUGUAAGUGUGUGUUAAGAGAAAAACACCUGGUUAAUUACAACUCAUGGUUGAGUAAUUGGAACAAUCAGGGCUAACAGGCUUGAGCCACUCCCUGAAUGGGGUAUAUCUGGGAAAUGUUUGCAAUGUCUUUUGGGGACUUACUGGGGGACUUACUGAAUACUUGCUGAGAGCCUACUAUGAAGUUGCAUGAAUUUAAUGCAAGAGACUAUGUGAGUUUUUGUUGCUGGAAGUUUUAUUAUGAUUUUUGACUCUGCUACUUAAGAGUAAAUUUUGAUUUUCUCCCAUUUUCGUGGCUUGUUUUUCUUUUGCUCAUUGUGGAUACAACAAAGGACUGGAUAAGUCUGGACAGGACUGCACGCAGUUUGUUUUUCUACAAACCCGUAACAGGUUAUGGGCCCAGUCUCAGGUCCAGUUUCAGACCAGUUCCAGAAGUAAUCCACAAAAGACUGUAGCAAUAAGAAAUUGUUUGGUUUUGCAUUUUGAAUUUACUUGCAAACAAGGAAGAUGGAUCCUGGGGUGAAUCUUGCAGCUUUCCCAAUGGCCAGGCUUAAUGGCAAUAACUAUUCCAUUUGGAAAGUAAGAAUGGAAAGUUAUUUAAGGAGGGAAUUCUUAUGGGAAUGUACAGAGAACCCAGUCCAACAACCAGCUACAGCAGAGCAACAAAGGGCACAGGAAAGGGCCAAAGCAACGCUUAUCCUGGGUGUUGACGAUGACCAGCUCGUCCAUAUAUGCAGCCUGCCUACUGCCAACACGAUUUGGGUAAGACUGAGAGAGGUGCAUGCUUCAGACUCAGCAGCAACAGUGGCUGUACUAGCGAGACGACUAUAUAGAAAGAGACUGAAGAGAAAUGAAAGUCUCAAGGACCAUUUGCAGACAUUGCAGAGUUUGUUUUUGCAGCUAGAGGAGAGAGACUUUAAACUUACAGAGGCAAACAAAUGUUUUAUUGUGUUGUCCUCAAUGGAUGAAUCUUUUGACGGAAUAUUGAAUUCCUUAGAGUCGCUCCCACAAUCACAAUUAAACCUGCAAUACAUUUGUGCGAGACUUUUGGCAGAUUGGGAGAGAAGGAGAGAUCGUGGCCUGGAGUCUGCAAACACAGCAGGACGUUCCCAGGAGAAGCAGCCAGCUGGAGUUACACACGAGGAAGAGACAGAGAGAGUCUGUGUGGUGAAAAGGUGUUUCAACUGUGGGUCUCCAAACCACUUAAAGAGAAGCUGUCCAAAGCAACAAGGGAAGCAAGGGAAGAAGGUGAACCAAAGGAGGAGGGGUUCAUCGCAUGUAAGAAUUGUAAAGUCCCAAAGAAGUCCAGCAAAUGAGGACAUAUUUUAUGUGGACUCUGGGUGUUCACAGCACAUAGUGAACAACAAAAAUUUAAUUCAGAAUCCUGUAGAUCCUGAAUGCUCAAAUGUUACCCUUGCAGAUGGAAAGCUUUAUCCAGUUCAAGGUCAAGGGGAAGUUUUUGUUAAACAUUUGGGGAGAACAUUAAGAAAUGUAUUUUUAGUUCCAGAAAUUGACUAUAAUCUUUUAUCUGUUGGGAAACUAGAUAAAGAAGGGUAUGCAGUGAACUUUUUUGGAGGCAAGGUCAGGAUUCUGAAAGGGAAUAAGUUAUGUGGAAUUGGGGUAUUACAGGGAGAUUUGUAUGUCUUAACCCCAAGAGGUAAUACAAAUGAGGUAAAUGUGAUUAGUAAGAAUGCUCCAUUACAUCAAGGUUGCAUUCAUGAUUUACAUAGAGCACUAGGUCACCCAAGUUUCAAAGUAUUAUAUAAAAUGCAAGAUUUCAGUGAAGGCAUUAAUUUGAAAGAUUGCAAGAAGUUUCUGGAUUGCAAUGUAUGUAAGAAAACAAAAGCACAGUCAGCUCCAAUUAGUAAGAAAAGCUUAAGAAACUCAGAAGAAGCUUUUCAAUUAGUGCAUGCUGAUUUAAUUGGUCCUUUUCAGCCGAGUAAAGGUGGAGCAAUUUAUGUUUUGUGUAUUUUAGAUGAUUAUUCAAAUUUUGCAUGGAGUUUUCUGUUAAAACAAAAGAGUGGGGUUUUUGAAAUUUUUAAAAAUUGGGUAGCAUAUGUUAAGAGGCAGUUUGGAGCUGGAGUAAAAGCUCUACAAACAGAUAGACGAGGAGAAUUUACCUCACACAAUUUGGAACAUUUUCUAAAGCAGGAGGGGAUAAAGUACCGACUUACAUGUGCUUAUCAGAGUGCAGAAAAUGGAAAAAUAGAAAGGUUUGUAAGGAAAAUACAAACAGUGAAAGAUUCAUUAUUAGAAGAUUCAGGGUUACCACAAAAUCUUUGGGGAGAAGCAAUGUUAACUGCAUGUUAUCUUAUAAACAGACUCUGGUGUGAGCCUAUUCAGAACACACCUUAUUUUAUGUUAUAUGGUAAGAAACCUCCAUUAGGGCAUUUACGAACUUUUGGAACACAGGCAUGGGUUUUUGUACCCAAAGCAAUAAGAAAGAAAGGACAAGACAAAGCCAGGAGGUUAACCAUGGUUGGGUAUGCUCAAGGAGCCAAAGCUUGGCGGUUUUUAGACAAAGAUGGUACAAUUGUAAUAUCUAGAUCUGCAAAUUUUGCUCAUAGCCAAAACUGGGAUAAAAUACAUGCUAAUCAUGAAGUUUUCCUUCCUAUUUCAAAUGAGAAAACUCGUGAGCAAGGUAAACAAUCAGAGCAGGGUAGUAUUGCAAAGCCAACAUCUGCUAGUCACCAACUCUCAAGUAAAGUUACUCAGCCUGAGCUAGUCAGAACUAGGCAUCCCAAGAUAGAAGUAAGUGAACCUGAAGAAGUAGAUAUAAGACCAGAAGUAAAUGAGCAAGAAGAUGCUAUGCCAAGUACUAGCCAGGACAUAGGUCUCAGAAGGAGUGAAAGAACCAGGAAGAAACCUGACAGAUUUAAAAUUCAAAAUGUAAGAGUAUGUUUGGUCAACCAUGAACCUCAGACUUUUGAGGAAAUAGAGAGUUUGCCACAAGGGGAGAAAGAAAAAUGGUUAGAGGCUAUAAAUGAAGAGUUAAAAAGCAUGGAAAGGUUAAAUGUAUAUGAACCUGCAACUUUACCAGAAGGAAGUAAUCCUAUUGAUACAAGAUGGGUUUUCAAGCAGAAAAUUGAUUCUGAUGGUAAGGUACGCUACAAAGCGCGUCUUGUAGCUAGAGGGUUUACACAGAUCAGGGACAUAGAUUAUACAGAGGUGUACUCACCCACUGUGAGCCCCAGUUCCGUAAGAUUAAUUUUAAGUCUUGCAGCAUGUCUAAAUUUAAAAACAUAUCAUUUUGAUAUAAGCACAGCAUAUCUGAAUGCUAAUUUAAAGGAAAACUUAUAUAUAAUACCUCCACCAGGUUCUAAGUGCAGAAAUACCAACACAGUUUUCAAAUUAAACCGGGCACUUUAUGGUCUUAAACAGGCGGGGCUUGCCUGGAAUGAUUGUUUGAAUGAUGCUUUGACCAAAAUGGGUUUUCAGAGAAGCCGAGCAGACCCAUGUGUGUAUAUAAGAAAUAUACAGCACGAUUAUCAAAUACUUUUUGUAUAUGUAGAUGACUUAUGUUUUGCAGCUGAGAGUCAAUCAGAAAUUGAUCAGUUUUCAGAAGAACUAGGCAAACAUUUCAAACUGAGAAACCUUGGUCCAAUACAGUAUUUUCUUGGAGUACAAAUUAUGAGAACUGAACAAGGUUUUAUGUUGAGUCAAAAAGGAAAAAUAUUGCAGAUUUUGGAAAAGCUAAACAUGAAAGAUUGUAAAGGGGUUCAGUCACCCAUGAUUUUAGGUUUUACAAAUGAAGUAGAAAAUUCUGAACCAUUUGAAGAAAAGAUUUUGUAUAAAAGCAUUAUUGGGCAGUUGUUAUACAUAAGCAAUUACACAAGAGCAGACAUAGCAUUUGCUGUAAAUUUCUUAAGUAGAUAUGCAAGCAAUCCAUCCAUUUCAGCAUGGAAUGGACUUAAGAGAGUGGCAAGAUAUUUAAAACAAACUCAAGAUUUUUGUUUAGUUUUAAGUCCGGAUGACUCACUGUCUUUAGAAGUAUAUGCAGAUAGUGAUUUUGGAAACAGUGCAGAUAGGAAAUCAACAACUGGAGUUUUAGUUAAAUUUUCUAACACAGUCAUAGAUUGGAAAUCCAAAAAGCAGGGGUUUGUUGCUUUAAUUUCCAGUGAAGCUGAAUUUGGUGCUCUCAGCUUAGCAUAUACAGAAAUCUGUGUGAUAAAACAAUUAUUGAAAGAUUUGCAAAUACCUGUUGAAGAUCCUACGAAAAUAUAUGAAGAUAACCAAACAUGCAUUUUGAUGGCAACACAAGCCAGAGUAAAACAAAGAAGCAUGUCGAUAUAAAAUACAGUUGUGUAAGAGAUGCAGUAAAGAAUGGUGAGAUUGAUUUAAUGUAUUGUAACACAUCUCUAAAUCUGGCUGAUAUAUUGACAAAGCCACUAAGUGUUCAGAAACAUGAACAGGUCUUAAAUGAUUUAGGAAUUUUUGAAUGUACUAUGUAAAAUAUACUAUGUUUUUCCUCCUAACACAAGGAGGGGUAUUACUGUAUAUGCAUGUAUGUGACUAAGUUUCUGUGGGAUCACUACUUGUGUAAGUGUGUGUUAAGAGAAAAACACCUGGUUAAUUACAACUCAUGGUUGAGUCAUUGGAACAAUCAGGGCUAACAGGCUUGAGCCACUCCCUGAAUGGGGUAUAUCUGGGAAAUGUUUGCAAUGUCUUUUGGGGACUUACUGGGGGACUUACUGAAUACUUGCUGAGAGCCUACUAUGAAGAUGCAUGAAUUUAAUGCCAGAGACUUUAUGUGAGUUUUGUUGCUGGAAGUUUUAUUAUGAUUUUUGACUGCUACUUAAGAGUAAAUUUUGAUUUUCUCUUCCA